AUGAAACCUCAAUUACCUCUUCUCAAUGCUCAGCCUACCCAAAGAAUCAUCCCACAAAUCACAAAAUCAUCAAUAAUCCCUCUUCAACCUUCUCAGCCGAUUCAUAUUCAUCAUAACAAGAUCCUUAGUAUAAAGACAGAAUCACUUUCCAAGAUUUCCUCAAAGACUCAAUAUAACAAUCCAUUGGGAUCAUUAUUAUAUGGUGGGUUUUAUUUGAAAUAUCGUAAAUUUGAAAGUAUAAUACCUUCAGAAAUCUUACUAGCUGGUCAAAAUAACAAUAAAUUAAGAUUGGAUGGAUUAAUAGAUUGGGCAAUUUUCCCUAAGGAUGCCUUGAUUAGUUAUUCGGGCGUUGCACUAAAUGUUUCAUUACACAAAAUACCAUGGGGGUCUGGAUUAAGCUCAUUGUUGAAACUGGGCUAUUUGCACAUUUCAGGUCGUGGUGAUGUUUAUUUACAAAAUCAUGGGGAAAUUUAUACGGUAAAUCUUGGAGAAAAAGAAGAAAUUAUUGUUAGAAAGAAUGGUGUUGUUGGUAUAAGUGUCAAUGGUGAUGAAUUGGGUAGUUGUUGUGAUGCAGUUGCUUUAAGUAAUCAUGAAGUUCAAAAAGAGAGUCAAGAAGUUGUUGCAGGAAAGAGUGAAAAUGAAUUGAAAGAUUUAUUUUGGAAUACUUAUCAUGGGAUUGGUAAAACUUUGAGAUAUUUAGUUGGAUUAAUAGCUAAAGAUGAUUUCGUCAAAGUUAGAGGCCCAAGAAGUUUGAUUUUAACUAGUAAUGUUUCCACCAAAUUUGAGUUCCCAAGAAGAGAUAAUGAAAUAGAAAUAACUGAACAACAAUUGAAUAAAUCAUCUCAAGAUUAUUUGAGUUAUGUUACUGUUAAGGAUGGUAAAGUCACAUUUGAAAGUACACCAUCAUUUAAAGAGACUGUUGAAAAAAUUGAACGUAAAUAG